AUGACUAAUGAUGCUGCCACUGCUUACAUCUGCAUCUAUUGCCCGUUCAAUUCAGACAAUCUAGAAGCACUUGAAAAUCAUUUAACAAAUGCACACGGACAUGGAUGUCAAGAUGCACCACCACUACUACUCACACAAUCUUCAUCAUCAUCGAACAUUAUCAACAAGGCCAGUAAACGUGAGGCACCUGAUGAUGAACAGUCUCAAUCUUCGUUGAAUGGUAUUAAAUCGACAACAGAAUAUUCAAGUGGUAUUAAACGAGUUAAACGAACAGUAUCACCAUCAACAGUAGCACCAACAAGUAUAUUCAUUAGUGGUGCUGAUAAUAAUUCGGAAUCAGAAGAUGAAAAUGAAUAUGAUGAUGGCGAUGAUGAUGAUGAUGAUGAUGAUGAUGAUGAUGACGACGACGACGACGACAACGAUGAAGAUGAUGAACGAGAUUCAUCAACAAAUCCAACAACAAUGUCACCCCAAACUAUUUUAACAUGUCCGAUAUGUAGUUCAACAUAUCAUCGCCUUGGCCAUCUUGUAAGACAUGCAAAACGAAAACAUCGUAUAGAUUUAUCAAAUUAUGAGGGACAAAAUACGUUUGAUACGCUUACAUCGCAAGCAGCAAAUAAAAUUCAAACAGUCGACAUUGAAAUAAAUUCAAACUCGAAGGAACGAAUAGCUCUAUUGAACAUCGAAGAUAUCGAUGCAACUGAAAAGUCAUCUCAACAACAGACUGAAACAAUAAUAUCUUCAACGUCUGAAACAAAUGUAACAACCGAUUGCCCUUAUUGUGAUUACAAAACUACAGAUAUUGAACAAUUCAAAUUCCAUAUUAUAGCUCAUAUACGUGAUAAAAAUUAUCGAUGUUUAUUAUGCAAUAGAUUAUAUAAAUAUCGAGGUGAUUGCUCAUUUCAUAUACGCCGUAAACAUCAUCGAUAUAGCACAAAUUCUAACGAUUACAUUCAACGUUUUCUAUUCGAUACAACUGAUGGUGAUGAAAAUAUGUCAAAACAAUCCGGUGGACAACCUGGUACAUCGUUAAAUAAUUCAACUCAUAAUAUAAAUGCAUCACGUGAACAAGAUGAGCCGGUGCGUUAUUUUGGUUGUCCUUAUUGUGAUUACACAUCAAACUAUGGUGGAGAUGUUCGAAAGCAUCAAGCACGUAAACAUCCAAAUGUUGAAUCGAAAGUUAUCAAGAUAAUUCGACAAGAUUCUGAACAUCAAGUAUCUUCUUCAUUAUCCACUAUUCAAAAUUCUAAUAAUAUACUAAAUGAUGAUGUUGUUGUUGGCUUUGAUACUAAUCAGGUUCAAGACGUUACAAGUGCUAUUACAAAAGCAAAUAUUAAUUUAAUUGAACAACAAGAACGUAAAGAGAAGAUAAAAACAAUUAAAAAAACGGAUACAAAUUUUAUUCAACAACAUUCAUCGACAUUAUCAAUUUUACCAAAUUUUGCACCUGUUCGAGUUUUUCAAUGUAGUUCAUGUCAGCAACAAGGCACAUACAAAUGGGUUGUUGAAAGGCAUAUACGUGCUAAACAUCCGGAUCAACCUGAUGUACAUGUUAUUGAAUUGCCAGCUGAAUUAGCUGUUAAAUUACAAAAAAUAUCACCGCCAUUGAAACGUUUCCGUUGUUCAUUAUGCCCAUUACAAUCGAAACAUACAUGGGUUAUUAUACGUCACAUUAAACAUUUUCACACAUUACAAACAGCAUCUGUUCUGGACAUACAGCCGGAUGGAACAUCCGUAAAGGAUGAACCGUAUCCAUUUCAAAAUGGUGAUUUUUCAAACAAAUCUUAUAAUCAAGAUUCAGAAUCAUCAUCUAUCAGUAGUACAUGUAUGGAAACUGGCAAUGAUGGACACAAUGGCUUAUUUCGUCGACAAGAUAUGGAUGAUGAUGACGAUGAAAAUGAUAGUUUACAAUCAUCGUUAGCUCCUAAUUUAAAUGGUGCCAUGAUAUUAACAUAUAAAUGCUCGCUAUGUGAUUUUACAUCAAACGUUUCAUGGAACGUUCAAAAACAUAUAAAUGAUUUACAUCCAGGACAAGCUAAUGCUCAUAUGUUAACGCAAUGUCGGCCAACAGUAAAUGAUAAAAAUCAGACAUUAACAACAAAAAAGUCAAAACAUAAAAAUGGUAAUCAUACAACAAUAUCAACAGUAACUAAAAUGCAAAUCCGUGCUCCACUAUCUCCAACAAGUGCUUUGGCGAAAGCAAAAUUUCCACCGGCUGUCGAGGAAGCUCUACUUUCAUUACAUGGUUCGAAACUAAAUUCUGGUCUUUAUGCUGUACAACCUAAGUUUGGUAUAAAGCGUUUAAAAUGUCGUCAUUGCUUUUAUCGUUCAAAUUGGAAAACUGAUAUGAUUCGACAUGUAAGAAUAAGACACAGUUUAACUGAACCUGAUCAUAAUAAAGAUAUGAUCCUCAUGACUGAGCAAGAGGCACGUGCAACCAUUGAAACAUAUGAAAAUACAUUUGGAAAAGAAUUACGUAGACGUACAUUUCGAACAUGGAAUGAUUGGGCUAAAGCUGAAGAAGAAUUUACACCUAAAGAUGGUUCACUUCAAUAUACUAAUAAUAAUAAUGGAACACUGCUUAUUGAUAUUAGUAAACCAAAAAAAACUAUUGUAACUGGAUCAAUGCCAUCAUCUUCAUCUUCAUUAUCGAAUAAUGAUGAAGUAAAACGAAUAAAUAAAACGAAAGCUAAACAGCUGGCAAAAGUCAUAACACAAAGUAAUGCUCAAGCAGUACCUAAUACUAAAGAAUUUAAACAAUUACCUAAUCCAUCAAAUAUCGUUUCUCGUCUUCUAUUAACAACAUCACCUUCACAUGAUAAUAAUGAUGAUGCGCCAUUAGAUCUUUCACUUAAAUCAUCAUCACCCACUGUCAAAAUUCAUCAUCCACCAUUAUCAUCCAAAGAAAUCAUACAGAAUAAUGGACACAAUAACAAUCAAGAAAAACAAACUAUUGAUGAUGAUCUUGUCGAUGAAGAUGAAGAAGAAAAUUCUGAUCGAACAUCAACUGUUAUCUAUAUAUGUUCUGCAUGCCCAUAUAAAAAUUCAUCGUUUCCUUUAGUUCAACGUCAUUUAAAAAUUCAUUUAACUGGUCAAGGUGUUGUUUGUCCUCUCUGCUCUUAUGCAACAUCAACUCAUAAAUCAAUUAAUCGUCAUAUGAAAAUUGUACAUCCAACUAGUCAAACAAUAAUUAGAUUUCAAUCAGCAACUCGAAUAAUAGAUCCACACGUAAUUGAACAACAUCCAUGUCCAUCAUGUUCGUAUCAAUGUGAACGUUCCGAAGCAUUAGAUCUUCAUCGCCGUCUUGAACAUGAUGAUGAAGAAUUUGAUAUUGAUUCAUCAUCAAGUGUAGGUGAAGGUGAUCAUGAAGAAGAUAUGGAUAAUGAUGAAAUACAUGCAUCAUUCGAUAGUAAUAACAAUAUGUUUCAAUGUCCAGUAUGUUCACCAUCGUCCAUUACAAACAACUAUACAAAUCUUGAACAGUUUACAAUGCAUGUAUUUACAGAUCAUAUGAAUUAUAUGCAAAACAAUCAAUCAUGUCCAUUUUGUUCAUUCAUUGCUCAUACAACAUCAAAAUAUUCAUUAAUCGAGCAUAUACAACUUCAUUUCAAUGGUACACUUGUUCAACCAGAUUCAAUUGUUGGUAUUGAAAAUGUAAAAGAGUUAUUAAUUGAAUAA